AUGCCUAGAAUAUGUCUAGAAGUUAUCAGCCACAAAUUAGCAAUUGACAAAACAGUCCAACCAGUGGCACAAAAGAAAAGAAACCUCGGAGAAGAGAAAAAACAAGCAAGGAGAUUACGACACUACUUUCAGAGUCACACAAUAAUAGUGCCAAUAGACCAACCCCUGAGGCAGAUAUUAACCAGACCCGAGCUUGCUGGACAAUUAAUAAAAUGGUCCAUUGAACUCUCCGAGUUCGAUAUUCAAUACGAAUCAAGAAAAACUCUAAAAGCACAAAUACUUGCCGACUUCGUAUCAAAAAUGACUAAUGAAACACAACAUACAGAGGCCAACUGGAUUAUACAUGUUGAUGGGGCAUCAAACAGAGAGGGCAGCGGAGCAGGAAUACUACUAAAGGAAGGAGAGAAAGUGAUAGCCGAGCAAUCACUACAGUUCUGCUUCAACGCAAGUAACAACCAGGCAGAAUAUGAGGCUCUACUAGCAGGACUAAAACUCGUCCAACAACUAAGGAUACCUCGGAUAAUAGUUUACUGUGUCUUUUCACAAGUAGUACAUCAAAUCAAGGGCGAAUACCAGGUAAAAGAUCCUUUGUUAGAGAAAUAUUGGCUCAUAACAAAGGAUCUCAUCUCAAAAUUCAGCAAAUUCGAUAUUAUCCAUGUAAACCGAAAACAAAACACCAGAGCCAACGUGUUAUCCAAAUUAGCCACAACAAGGCAAACGAAAAACACACCGGCACUGUCUCAGCUAACACUCGAUAAGUCAAGCUUUGAGCAGGACACAAUCUUAAGCAUCAUGCAGGUACAAGACUGGAAAACACCUUUCAUCGACUACAUCAAUAUAGGUGUCGUACCAAACAAGGAGCCAAACCCGCAUCUCUUCCGAAGAAAAGCAAGCUUCUACACAGUAGUAGGAAAUACACUAUACAAACGAGGACAUUCCCAACCACUCCUUAAAUGUAUCAGCAAGGACGAAGCCGAAGAGGUUAUGGCAGAAACACACGAAGGGGUUUGUGAAAACCACAUUGGCGGCCGAGCACUGACCGCCAAAAUAUUACGAACAUGGUACUACUGGCCAACGAUAAAAAGGGAUUGUAUUUCCAAAGUCAAGGCAUGUGACAGCUGUCAAAAGCACGCCACUGUCUCAUGGAUCCCAACAGAAAAGCUCCAUACCAUAGAGUUAAGCUGGCCUUUCGAUAGGUGGGGAUUGGACAUCCUCGGACCUUUUCCAAAAGUGCCAGGUCAGGUAAAGUUCCUCUUAGUAUCAAUAGAUUACUUCUCUAAGUGGAUAGAAGCACAACCACUAGCACAUAUAAUGGCAAAAAAGGUGAGGUCUUUCUUAUGGAAAAAUAUCAUAUGUAGGUAUGGCAUCCCAAGAGAGAUAAUCUCGGAUAACGGGAGAUAA